CUGAAUUUUCGCGAAUGAUUUCCAACAAUGUUCAGAACUUGAAGUGGCUGGCAGACCUGUCGGUGGCGGUGGCAGACGUGGUUGUGGCGACGGCGAAGGCGGUGAGCAGCAGAUGAUGAUGACACCGUUCAGGUCAGUGUUGAUGCUGUUAGGUGUCACCUUUGUGGCUUGGGUAGUGGGUUUGUUCUUUACCUCUGGCACAGCGUCCGAGUUGCGCGUCUCCUACAAGCCAGACAUCUUUCAACAGCUUCAGGGCAUGAACGCGCCAGUUGUGAUUGAGGGGGUUCCACUGCACGAGGUUGCGCCUUGCUUCGGCUGGACACUACUGUCUCUGGCAACCAAGUUGUCAAAGGCGGUUCCCGUCAAAUACCAGGGAUCAUCGUCAGAGUUCCUGUACUUUAAUGAAGCCAUGCUGCUGGAGGAUAGCAAUCGGUAUGGGAGCAAAGUGACUCGAAAGGCGUACAAGGAAUCUCUGGCCAGGCUGACCACCAUCUUGGAUGACAGCAAGUGGGACACCAUCGAGGGCAUGUAUCGGUACGCAUCGGGCCCGGCUGAGGUCAUGCUUGACAAACAGCGGCUGCGAGACGUGGCAAACUUGAGCACGCUGGCCGUGCGGGAGGAUGCUGAUGCCCCUGCUCACAUCAAUGUGUGGAUCGGUAACGGCAACACCACGGCGGCCCUGCAUUACGACACCAGCCACAACGUCUAUGCAGUGCUUGCAGGCACCAAGACGUUCACCAUUCUCCCGCCCACCUUCAUUGAUGCGCGUGUUCGCUUUCAUUCCAGCUUGCACCCGCUCUAUCGCCAGGCUGCCGACGCGUGGCGUGACGUCGAGGCCGCCUAUGCGCGCGACAUGAUGCACGUGACCCUCCACCCGGGCGACCUCCUGUACCUACCCCCGUAUUGGCUGCACCGCGUGCGCUCUAACAGCGCGUGGUCUCUCGCUGUCAACGUGUGGAGCGAUUCGCAGGAAUUUAUGGCCAGCGAAGAAUGCUUUGCUCUCCCGCUCCCCUUUGACGCCACCUGGCCCCGACACAAGCUGAUGGGAAAGACAGCGCUGUACCUGCAAGAGCUCAACGCGAAGUUGGGUGGACGAAAUUUCCGAUUCCAUGAUCGAACAAAGGGCGAAGACGGCCAUGCAAAUGACAGGUGUUUUUCAUGGCCGCCACUGCCGCUUGCAGACAAUGCGCUGAAUGCGAACGAGCGCCAGCACCUCAACACACUCGCUGCCUGUCUUCGACGCAUCAAACGUGCGCAUGUGCGGCGCGUAUAUGUGCACAACUUUGUUGAACAGACGGCUGCGCUGGUUGCUGGCGAUGGCGUUCUCUCCUUUCUCCGCUGCACACUCGUGCCAAUGCUCAACACAUCCCCGUGAUGUUCGGCUUGGUGUCGAAGGGAACAUACGGUUUAUUUUGAUCGACGCACACAUGCACACACAUGUACACACUCUUACAAGCACAUACAUCCCAAACGCACACGCAUACAUGUACACAAACUAUUGCAUCAUCAUACAGGCCGUGUUUUGGCGUUACUCCCCUCUUUUGCUGUAACAUAAUAACCGACCAUUAAUCCGCAACACAAUCA